AUGGACUUCGCCUCCAUCCUCGCCCGCGAAAUCUCAAAGAAGCGCAAAACCUCCCCCCCCGCCGACACCCCCACCCCCGCCACCACCACCACCACCACCGCCGCCGCCCCGCCACCAAAGAAAUACCUAAAGCGCUCCGAAGUCGAAGCCCAACGGCGCGCAACCUACGAAGCGGAGCAAGCCGCCCUCGAAGCCCAACGCGCCGCCAAAGCCGCCGAAAAGCGCGCCGCCGAGGAGGCCGAGUUCCAGCGCCGCGAGGCCACAAAGGCAAAAGCCAAAGCCCUCGCCUUGGCGCGGCAGGCCAAAGCCGACGAAGAGAAGGCGCGCAACGCGCCCGUGGCGGAGGCGCCCGAGGAGGCGCAGGAGAUGACGGACGAGGAUGCGGUGCGCGCGUUGCGGGCGCUGGGCGAGCCGGCGAGGCUGUUUGGCGAGGGCGCGGGCGGGCGGGUGCGGAGGCUGAAGAGGUGUCUUGCGGCGGCGGAGGCGAGGAAGGUUGCUGAGGCGCCCGCGCUGACGGGCGAGGAGAUGGUGCUGGAUAUGGCGGAUGUGGGCGUGGAUGACGCGAAGGUGUAUCGGCAGCUGAGUGCGUGGUUUGCGCUGGUGCUGAGGGAGUGGGAGGUGGCGUUGGAGGGGCGGCCGCAGGCGGUGAAGGAGAGCUUUCAGGGGAGGGCGGCGGCGAGGAGUAUGGAGCAGGCGAAGCUGUACAUGGGACCGCUGUUUACGCAUUUUAGGAAUAGGGAUCUGAAGAAGGAGCUGUACACGAAGAUUUGUGAGAUUGUGGUGGAGGCGCAGGCGAGGAGGUAUGUCAAGGCGAACGAUCUCUACUUGAGAUUGAGCAUUGGCAAUGCUGCUUGGCCCAUCGGUGUCACCAUGGUGGGUAUCCACGAACGUUCGGCGCGGGAGAAGCUGCAUGAGAAGGGCAUGGCUGCGCAUAUCAUGAGCGACGAGGUCACGAGGAAGUUCCUGCAGAGCAUCAAGCGGUGCCUGUCCUUCUGCCAGACGAGGUGGAUCCCGGAGGACCCGUUGCAGAUGAUGGGGUAG